AUGGAUUUUCUUCAGCGCCUUGCGCGGUUCCUGGACCGCCCGCUGUUCCCGUGGAAGAAGCUGAUCAUUGGCUUCUCCGUCGGCCAAUACCUUUUCGAGGGGCUUCUCGGCUACCGUCAGUACAAAAUUCUCCAAAAGACAAAGCCGCCCAAGGUUCUCGAACACGAGGUGUCGCAGGAAGUCUUCGACAAGAGCCAGGCCUACGGACGUGCCAAGGCCAAGUUCACCGGUUUCAACGGUCUCUACGGACAAAUUCAGAAUCUAGCCUUCUACCACUUCGACGUACUCCCAAAACUCUGGUCAUGGACUGGCGACCUCCUCGUCCGCUGGGCGCCCGCGCGCUUCACCGGCGAGAUCUCCCACUCGAUCGUCUUCAUCCUCUCGUUUAUUGUCAUCCAACAAGUCCUGUCACUGCCGUCUAGCAUCUACAGCACGUUUGUCCUGGAAGAGAAGUUUGGCUUCAACAAACAGACUCCGAAGCUGUUCGUCACCGACAUUAUCAAGACCAACAUCCUGACCUUCGCUCUCGUUCCCCCGAUUCUCGCCGGUUUCCUGUCCAUCGUCAAGAAGACGGGCAACCAGUUCUUCUACUACCUCUGGAUGUUCGGGGCGUUCCUCCAAGUCUUUAUGAUUACAAUUUACCCGAUUGUUAUUCUCCCGAUGUUCAACAAGCUUUCGCCGCUGGACGAGGGCAAGCUCAAGACGGAUGUCGAGGAUUUGGCUAAGAAGCUCAAGUUCCCGCUGCACGAGCUGUACGUCAUCGACGGCAGCAAGCGCAGCGCCCACAGCAACGCCUACUUUUUCGGUCUCCCCUGGAAGAAGCACAUUGUGAUCUACGACACGCUUAUUGAGAAGAGCGAGAGCGACGAGGUUGUCGCCGUGCUCGCGCACGAAUUGGGUCACUGGAGCCUCGGGCACACCACCAAGCUCUUUGGCAUCUCUCAGGCUCACUUCUUCUACAUCUUCUCUCUCUUCUCGGUCUUUGUGCACAACAACUCCCUCUAUGCAGACUUCGGGUUCACCAACCAGCACCCCAUCAUCAUUGGGUUCCUGCUCUUCUCGGACAUCCUCGGUCCUCUAGACAAUGUUAUCAAGCUGCUGAUGAACAUCCUGAGCCGCCGCUUCGAGUUCCAGGCGGACGCUUUCGCCAAGAACCUGGGGUACAACGAUGAGCUGGCGCGGUCCCUGAUCAAGCUGCAGAUCCAGAAUCUGAGCACCAUGGAUGCCGACCCGAUCUUUGCCAGCUACCACUUCUCGCACCCGAUCUUAUCGGAGCGGUUGAAGGCGCUGGAGUGGCAGCCGACGCAGAAGGUGGAGGUGAAGGGGGGUGAGAAGGCGGAGGGUGAGGAUGUUGCGACGGCCACCGGGCGGGAUGAGUUAUUGAGACUCACGACCGCCACAAUGUCCCGCGUCAGCCUCCGAUCCCCGCUGCUCCAGGCGCUGCGACGGCCGACCAGCCAACUAGCCCCUCGCUGCGGGUUUACUCUUGCUACGCCCAAGGCGACUCGCACAAUCUCCCACCUUCCAACCCUCCGUCCCUCCCUCCCCUCCUCAUCCUCCACCGCAAACAUCUUCCGCAACCCCAACCAAACCCUCCUCCACCCCACCACCACAACCACCACCCCCUCAACACUCGGCCCCGCCGCCGCCGAUGCGCCAACGCUGGACCUCCUCCCCCGCACCUCAAUAACAUCCCACCCCGCCCUAGCAGGCUUAGCCAGCCAAAUCCGGUGUGGACCGCGUCCUACCAUGUCGGGCGCGUCGAGGCUGAUUCAGAAGAGGAGACAUGGGUUUUUGAAUCGGCAGCGGAGUCGCGGGGGGCAGAAGAUGUUGGUUCGACGGAGGAUGAAGGGGAGGAAGAAGUUGGGGCAUUAG